GAUGAAACGUCUGUGAGCAGUGAAGAUUUUGAUAUGAAUGACUCCACAUGGAUGUCAGCUGACCCCCACCUGGCCUCCAGCCUGAGCCCCAGCCAGGAGGAGAGGAUGCGGAGCCCGCAGAACCUCCAUAGCCAAGAGGACGACGACUCCUCCUCUGAGAGCGGCAGUGGCAAUGGCUCUUCUACCCUGAACCCAUCCACUUCGAGCAGCACACAGGGUGACCCUGCCUUCCCCGAGAUGAAUGGCAACGGUGCUGCAGCCCCCAUGGACUUCACCGCCACCGCUGAGGAUCAGCCCAUCAACCUGUGUGAUAAGCUCCCACCAGGCACAGCGCUGGGUACACCGUCCUACCCCUCAGACGGCUGCGGCACUGACGGGCUUCGGAGCCGCGUCAAGUAUGGGGUAAAGAGCACUCCUGAGUCUCCCCCCUACAGCUCUGGGAGCUAUGAUUCCAUCAAGACUGAAGUCAGUGGCUGUCCUGAGGACCUGACAGUUGGCCGAGCCCCCACAGCAGAUGACGACGAUGAUGAUCAUGAUGACCAUGAGGACAAUGACAAGAUGAAUGACUCAGAGGGCAUGGACCCUGAACGGCUCAAGGCCUUCAACAUGUUUGUGCGGCUGUUUGUGGAUGAGAACCUGGACCGCAUGGUGCCCAUCUCCAAGCAGCCCAAGGAGAAGAUCCAGGCCAUCAUUGAGUCGUGCAGCCGGCAGUUCCCGGAGUUCCAGGAGCGGGCCCGCAAGCGCAUCCGCACAUACCUCAAGUCCUGUCGUCGCAUGAAGAAGAAUGGCAUGGAGAUGACCAGACCCACUCCUCCCCACCUGACCUCAGCCAUGGCAGAAAACAUCCUAGCAGCUGCCUGUGAGAGUGAGACAAGAAAAGCAGCUAAAAGGAUGCGUCUGGAGAUCUACCAGUCCUCACAAGACGAACCUAUAGCCCUGGAUAAGCAGCACUCUCGGGACUCCACCGCCAUCACCCAUUCCACCUACUCACUGCCAGCCUCUGCCUACUCCCAGGAUCCUGUGUACGUCAAUGGUGGCCUCAACUACAGCUACCGUGGCUAUGGGUCCUUGAGCAGCAACCUGCAGCCCUCGGCUUCCCUCCAGACAGGAAAUCACAGUAACGGGCCCACAGACCUCAGCAUGAAAGGUGGGGCCUCUACCCCCACCCCUCCCACACCUACUCCUUCUAGUAACAGCACCAGCAGGACCAUGCCCACGGCCCAGCUCAGCCCCACGGAGAUCAGCGCUGUGCGGCAGCUUAUUGCUGGCUACCGAGAGUCUGCAGCCUUCCUGCUGCGUUCUGCGGAUGAACUGGAAAACCUCAUUUUACAGCAGAACUGACCCCGCUGGCCCCCAGAGUGCACGACACCAGGGAAGGAGGCUGUCCCAGCCUGGACCCAGCUUCCUGCCUCACCAGUUGGUACAUUGUUUUCUGAAAGAGGUGGGAUCCAAAAGAGCUGUUUCUAGCCACACUCCGAGCAUCUGAGACUUUGGGCACAAGGACACUUUUUUUUUGUUUCUUUGGAAUUUCACCACACAGGUGCUCUGACCUGCUUGGAAAGAGGCCAGUGGGGCAGCUCUGAAAGAGUUGGGGCUCCCCUGACAAGGCACAGGGGAUGCAGCUCUAUUAGAAUCACCUUCAUGGACCCUGCCUGAUGUUAGAACCCCAUCCUGAUAAUUACCUUUGAAGUCUUAGGUGAGCAGAAUUGCAUAUUUAUUGAGAAGAGCAAACGUGGACCCUUUCUUCCUCUCCCCUUAGUAAUUUAUUUUUCUGAAAUGGAUUCUUUUGUGUUUGUACAGAUUGCCAGUCUGUGUCUGUCUGAUCAGAAGGAUGUACCCUGUACCUAACAUUCCAUAUCACCACACUGAUGUGGGCUGGGGGGCCAGCAGAGUUAGGCACCAGCUCGCUGUGUGAGUGCCCAGCACACCCUUGGGAAGGCCACCACACUCCA